AUGUCGGGGGGGACAUCACCCCCCAUAAUCAGCACACCCGGCCCGUCCUGCAAGGGACGUCAAGUGAUGACGAACCUCAGAUUCCGACCUUCACCGGCAACCCGUACAAUCUCGAUGGGACUCGGAACGGACAGUCCGCCCGGGCCUUCGGUCGCGGCCCAGAGGACUCCGAGGAUCGAACCGGAGGAAGAUAUCCUUCCCCCGUUGACCGAUCCCUCUGGGCCCUCUCGGCCGCGGAAGAAGGCCAGGUCCGAGUCCGACCGAGGCUCAUCGAGCGAAAAGGACAAGCGUCCAAGAUUAGGCCCCUCGUCUAGAUCGGAGGGAGAGGAGAGUGCGACCACAUCUUCUGCACAUUCCUCAACCGAAUCGGUCACUCCUUCCUCGUCUAGGUCUUCGUCCCCCUCUGGGAGUCCAAUCCCAGCUCAACCAAUUCCGAAGCCUAGGGCUCCCGCCAGGACAGGGACAGCCCUAAGGCAAGUAAGAUCCCCUCCUCGCUCUCCUUCCCCAACGUUAUCCCCAAUCCCGGUAGACUCAACCCGAGGUGCCCCCGCCCUAAGCGGCACGGCGGGCAACCUGGACUCCACCAGGUACAUGGACCUCGAGUCUACCAGACCUCAACAGGUCCUUAAGCCCAACCCCACUCCCUCUACCUCCUAUGCUGCCAUGGCAGCUAGGCCAGGUAUNGCUUACUAG